AACAGAGCUGAGACAGAGAGAGAGAGAUUGAGAAUUUUUAGAGAGAGAAACUUUUCCGAUGAGAAAUCACAAAUUCCGAUUAUCGGAUAUGAUUCCAAACGCUUGGUUUUACAAGCUCAGAGAAAUUGGCGGCGGAAGAGGAAGAUCCUCGACCAACCAAACGCCUUUUGAUUCGAAGAAAAAGCCCCGGCAGCCACCGCCAAAACAGAGGCAGUUGCAAGUGCCGUCGCCGCAUUCUCACUCUAGAAAAUCUUAUUAUUUCACCAGAGAACUCGAAUCCAACGAUGGGUUUUGUGUUAAUUCCCCUCCGCCGUCCCCGCCGCUGCUGCCUAUGCUGGUACCGGCGAGAAAGUCGUCAAAACAGGGGAAACCAGGAAAAAUACAAACGAGUAACCGGUCGUCGACGGCGACGGCGGUGAAACUCCACAACUCCUCCUCCGUCGGCUGCAGCUGCCCCACGACGUCGGAGUCCAUCUGGACCAAAUCAGAUUCUCCACCGGAAUUGUCCACGUCACCCUCCGAAACUUCCCCUGAAUCCGACAAAAUCCUCGCCGUUGAACUCCAAUCCGAAUCCUUCGACCGCGAUAUCGUAAUCGACGUGUCGUCAAACUAUUCCAACAAUGUCGUCGUCGGCGCGUUCGACUCCCUGUCGGAAGUUGACCUCCCGCCGAUCAUAACAAAGCAGAAGAAAAAAGACACAAAACAGAGGACGACGACGACGACAAAGAAACCUCCGGCGAAUUCCCCCGGCGUACGGCUCCGAAUCCACUCCCCCAAAAUCGGGCACCGGAAAAUCGGAGGCCGGAAAAGCGUGUCAUCGCGGCGGAGCCUUUCCGACAGCUUGGCGAUCAUGAAAUCAUCGUACGAUCCACAAAAGGAUUUCAGAGAAUCAAUGGUGGAGAUGAUCGUUGAGAACAACAUUAGAGGUUCGAAGGAUUUGGAAGAUCUUCUUGCAUGCUAUCUCUGUUUGAACGCCGAUGAAUAUCACGAUCUUAUAAUCAAAGUUUUCAAGCAGAUCUGGUUUGAUCUUACGGAACUUGCCGUUUGAUUUUCAAAUACCCAUUUCAAAUUCCUUGUACAGUUCUUCCCUCUAAUUCUAAACAAAAUUUAAAUAAAAUUUUUAGCUUAAUUUCAA